GUGGCAAAGUCGAUUUGGUUCAUCAACAGCAGCAGAAUGCCAGAUCCCUCAAUCGGUCCCGGAUGGCCAUGAUGGUUUGACAUAGGACUCAGACCCAAUACUGUAUUCACCGUUUCCAUCGGAGGACUGCAGAUCUAGGACAGCCUCUUUCGAGACCCGAGUUGGACAUAUCUUGCGCAAGACAGCCUAUGCUGUCACUGCUAUGGUAUUACCUAGGCGUGCCAGGCCUUCAAGCCUACGGGCUGGCAGUAUCCAAGACACCGCCAUGUAAGUCGGAGCUGAUUUGCCGCCCAAGCUGCACCAGCCGUCCUGCCGCUCCCGUUAUGCCUCCCGGGUCAUACCUGCGCUCUCUGACGUCUUGUCUCGUAGCAGACAUGCAACACGCAGACCGUCGAUUGGCCUUGUUCUUGAAGGUAGUGCGGCCACCGCCCGUCCACCAGUCACUCCCGCAAAUGUCGAGCCUACCGCCUACGUUUGGCACAAACCGGCGUUCGUCCGUGCAUGUGAAGAUGGCGCUUGUUCGGGGCAAGAUUCAGAUCGGAAAAUCCUCCAGUCGUAGACGGUGGUGGUGUGGCAGCGUAGCCAAUGUUGAGUCAGAUCAGGGACCGCCCCAAAGCCGGCACCAUUCGACCAGCAACAGCAAUUUUUGUCCGUUUCGAUCUCACCACAUGCCCGGAAAUCGACCCGCAGCAGUCACUUUGUACAUUGAUCGUCGUGCGCUCAGAAGGUCUUUCCGCCGACUUACUCCGACCGGUUCGUGAUCAGGAGAUUUUACUCCAUUGUGGG